UUCUCUGCGUUAUCUAUAUGAACCCCAUUCUCACAUCAAAAUCUUUUCAUGGCUGACAAAAUCCCCCUUCUCACCCCCUACAAGAUGGGGAAGUUUGAGCUUUCUCACAGAGUUGUUUUGGCACCGCUAACAAGGCAAAGAUCAUUCGGCAAUGUCCCUCAGCCACAUGCGACCUUAUACUAUGCACAAAGAACAACCAAAGGAGGGUUGCUUAUUGCUGAAGCCACUGGUGUUUCUGACACUGCCCAAGGGUAUCCAGAGACUCCUGGUAUAUGGACAAAACAACAAGUAGAGGCUUGGAAACCCAUUGUGGAUGCUGUUCAUGCGAAAGAAGGAAUCUUUUUCUGUCAAAUUUGGCAUGUGGGAAGGGUUUCAAAUGCUGGUUUUCAGCCAAAUGGGCAAGCCCCAAUAUCUUCUACAGACAAAGGAUUUACGAGUGGCGGUGGCAUUGAUGUAGCAACUUUUACACCUCCAAGGAAGCUAACAAAACAUGAGAUUCCUCGAGUUGUUGAUGAUUUCAGAGUUGCUGCAAGAAAUGCUAUUGAAGCUGGUUUUGAUGGAGUUGAGAUUCAUGGGGCUCAUGGCUAUCUAAUCGACCAAUUUAUGAAAGAUGGAGUAAAUGACAGAACAGACGAGUAUGGUGGUUCUCUUGAGAACCGUUGCAGAUUUGCUCUAGAAGUAGUUGAUGCUGUUGUGAAGGAGAUCGGAGCGGAUAAAGUUGGUAUACGAUUAUCGCCAUUUGCAAACUACAUGCAGUCGGGUGACUCAAAUCCAGAAGAAUUAGGUCUUUACAUGGCUGAAUCUUUGAAUAAGUAUAAGAUUCUUUACUGCCAUAUGGUGGAGCCAAGGAUGAAAUCUCUAGGUGAAAAGGUUGAUAGCCUUCAUAGUCUCGUACCUAUGAGGAAUGCAUUCAAAGGGACUUUUAUUUCGGCGGGUGGGUAUGAUAUGAAUGAUGGUAAUAAUGUUGUGGCUGAGAACCGAACUGAUCUGGUUGCGUAUGGUCGUUUGUUUUUGGCUAAUCCUGAUUUGCCAAAACGAUUUCAGCUUAAUGCUCCUCUUAACAAAUACAACCGGGAAACAUUUUAUACACCUGAUCCAGUUCUUGGGUACACGGAUUAUCCGUUUUUGGAAACUACAUUUUGAUACCUUUGGUGUCGAUUGACUCAAGUGACUAAAUAUACAAAUGAGAAGAUCCCGUCAACAUGGAAAUCUUGGCUGUUUUGUGAAAUUGAGUUGAUAGUGUGUGUAGUCCGUUGAUGGUUAAGUUUAAAUGCAUAUAAUCUAGACUUUAUUAAAAGUAUUAUAUUAUAAUUUUUGUAGUUUUA